GCUGCGGGCGGUGCUGGACCAGCGGAGCGCAUGGGGCGAAAGCGGCGUCGAAGCAGAGCUGCCCGCCUUGAGGCUCUAGCCAGGCCCUCCCUGGCGGCGAGGCUCAGCGGCGCGCCCGAGAGCGGUGGGAUGCGCUCGGUGCGGAGCGUCUCGCUGCGUGCGAAGCAUUGCCCGCAGGCCGGGGCCCCCUGGUCGGAGCUGAAGGCUGCGCAGCGCGAGUGCCGCCUGCAUGGUGGAGCCGCCGCUGCAGCAGCAAUAAAGUGCGAUGUCGAGCGCGAGGUCAUCAUCUGCGAAGCGGAGGCGUCGCUGUUCAGGCAUCGGGUCGAGAAGCUGCACCUGGAGCCGCAGGCCGAGGUGCUGCGGCCUGGCGAGUGGCAAGCGUUCGGCGAGAGGCGCGUCGUGUGGGGAGCUGGUGGGAAAGCGUGCCCGCCCUGCGACGUCGGGGUGCUGAUGCGUGAGCUGGGAGCGGUGGCCGCGAGGACCUCGCUUCGGUCUUGCGCCAAGCCGUACCUUUGUGAGAACGCAGCCGAGGCCUGCCUGCCCGAGACGGGCGCUGCAGCUGCGGAGGCCCGCAGGGCCGCGGCUAGUGCGGCGCCAGGACUGCUGGAGGCGGAAGUCGAGGCGGCCCAGGAACCGCCCCUGCUCCUCCCCCCGCCGCCCGGGGGGUCGGAGGCUGCCACGGCCUGCGCGGCCGUGCCGACAGCUGCCGCGAGCAGCGCCGCGGUCGCGGAGUACCUGACGGCCCACCCCACGACGCUCCUCAGCGGCGGCGACGGGGAGGAGCAUGUCGACGAGAUCGAGAAGCUUACGUGCGAGGAGCAUGACGGGCAGGCAGAGCAGCAGGAGCCCGAGGCCAUCGGAUUCGAGCUGAAUGGCAGGGAGGAGCAUUUCGGCGCGCUGCGGGGCGUCAUGGGGGCGCCCAAGAACGACGAGGAGGACCAGAACGAGCUGGAGGCCCACGCGUCGAGCGACGGCGCGGGGGACGAGCAAG